CCGGUAAUAACCUUAUUCUUCCUGGAGUAAACCAUCAAAGUCUGUCGUCAGUAUUCAACGCCGUCAUUCAGUGGCGUCGCCCACCAUAGGCUUCGAUUUAUCUGCCCUGCCAGUAAAAUUUAUCCAGCGGUAUGGAAAUGGGGAUAGCAUUUCUUUGAAUUAUCUGGAGCUUCAUUCGACAAAUAACGAGAGAAAUUACAAACUGCAAAAUUUGACACCUGCGGAUUGAACCUGCACUACUGUCGUGUCGUGUGUGACGUUGGCCCUAACUGUGGCGGUGUCAGAGCCUAUAAGACUGAUCACAUUUAUUCGAAUAUUUAGGCAGCUUAUUUAAUAGACAUAGAUCCAUAGGUUAAGACCAUAAUUAUUUUAAAUCAAAUUGGGCUAUAACCAUUAACGGAAGAAGAAGAAGAAGAACAAGGAGGUCAUAACUACACAGCUACUCAUCUAUAGGAAAAAGGUAUUUUGUAUCGUUGAUGUGAAUGAUUUCUUAGUAACCUAACUUAUAUACUGUAUGUAGUCCACAACAUAUCCACGUGAGCUUGUAUCUCACUUACGGAGAAAAUUAAACUGUCCAUAUGGAUCUGUGAUCCUUGCAACGUACUUGUAUGUUAUGGUUGAUAAUGACAUCAGUGGGACGAGGCAGAGGAUGGGCUACCGCAAGAAAUUGCGAGGCUGCAUUACGAAGACCAGGACUUGAUUUGAAGACCCAGAACAAUCCUCAUUAUCUUACACUGAUGAGAAAAAUUGCAAGCUUGUCUAUCAAUAGUUCUAUUGAUGCACGUGAUAUUAUGGAAAUCAAAACUAUGAUAACGAUUGCCAGUGACAACACAAGUCUUGCGGCAGUUUGCAACUUUCUUUAUGAACAAGCUUUGGUGGAUAGACAAUUUGGCAUCAAGCUCGGGAUGCUGACUUCCUUCAAUAUAAUAAUAACAAUUGCUGACGAAGAGGGCAACAACCUAAGACGUGUCAUGUUACAAACUUUACAAACGUCGUACGAAAAUAAAGAGGAAUUAAAGUCUAAGUCGAUGCUGCAUUACCGAAAUGCAAUGUCUGUGUUGGGAGGAGUGUACUAUCACCUACGACUGAAGAACAGGAAACCCCUUUCAUUAUUCGCGUUGCCCUUGCUCGAUUAUAUGGAGACCAUGCUUCAGUCCGCUUCAGAGGAUGACAUUGAAGUUGUUGUAACUCAACUUUCGUUGAAUGGAAAGGAUAUGUAUGUUUCCCACCCGGUAAAAUUGGAGCAACUUUUGACAAAAAUAAGGACAGUUCUGGUAAGUCGGAAUCUUAGUGCCCAAUCACGAGCAAUGCUACUGUUCGCCAUUGAUUUAUCGAGUCAACGGUACAAGCCCUUGUCAGGAGACUUGCAUGCCUUUUAUUUGGCACAGCUAGGGGAAGAAACGUGGAAGCAGAUUCAACUUUCCCCGAAAAUGCCAGAUAGUACUAUUAACACCAUGUGUGAGGUUUAUGAGCUAGAGAUGCAUGCUCUAAAGAAGCUAGAGAUGGAGGCUGGUAUACAGGCUCCAGAGAAGGCUGGUGUUGGAGAAGUAGUAAAACCAUUGAAUACGGAGAAUCCCAUGGAAAAUGAAAUUUCUCCAAAAUCAAACCAGCAAAAUCUAUCUGGAACAGUAAACACCCCUUCUUUGAACCCGUCGCAUGGCGCUCAGACAUCUUUACCAAGAGCGAUUCGAGGACUGGGUAUAAGGGAGAACCGAAAAGAAGCGACGGGUGAUAGAAAGCCUAGAGGUAAAAGGGACAAACUGACUGACGAACAGGUUUGGAAUACACGACAAAAUCGUUCCAGCAAAAGUUGGGGACACGAUGAUAGACUUGAGAGGGAUUACGAACAAGACACUGGCUCUUGUUUAGAGCCCAGUGAUGUCAAAACUCUUCAAUCCCCAGAAUAAAUAUUAUAAUUAAAUUUCUUGAUCUGCUUGUUCUAUUAUUGGGUCUGACUUCAGAUCACGGUGAGUCGAGAUUUGGAGCCUAUGAGACAUUGAAUAAUUAAGUGACUAGCAAAAAAGAAGGAGUGCUAGUUAUUAGUUGUCAAUUGAUUCUUCUCAAUUUCAACCCUUGAAAUCUGUUAGAUGCCAGGAUACAGAUUGUUGAUAAUCAUUUAAAUAAAAAGGCCGUGUUACCAUGUAUUGGACUUUAAUAAAUCAUACUCACCGCUACUUUA